UCUGGAUUACAUCAGGAAAGGAAUUCGUGUCGUCAAGCCGUCCGCAUAAACAAGGACAUUCGAUGUUAACGCCGGUAACCAGUGCCGUUGUGUGUGUGUGUGUGUGAGAGGCACAUCGCAAGCGCGAUCGAUUUCGUUAUGUUGAAUGAAACCUCACCCCGUUACCGUGAUGUAAAGCGACGGCGUCCGCCUCCAUAUGUUAGGCUCAUGUUAUGGACGUUCUAAUUGUGGGGUCGCUAGUCGGAGUGCUACGACGGCGAGUGAAAGGUUUCUAACUGCUCAGGUUUACUACCGAUGCUUGUGCCCGCUUUCUCCUCCGUGUGGUGGGAAGUUCCUGCUGGAAGUUGGAAACUUGGCACAGUUUCAGUGAGUUUAAAGUGUGGCCAUGGGGCUGAAGAGGGGCAGCGCAGGCAAUUCUGGCCUGCGUGCAGAGCUCCUCCAGUUGGCUUCCCGGCUCCGCCGUGAGCACCUGUUUGUGGACUCUGAAAAGCGAGAGCUGCAGCGGUUGAAUGAGCGUGUGCAACGCUCUGUUGAACGCCUCCAGCAUCUCUCUUGGAUCUGGCGGCAGCAGCGCAAUGCGUUGGAUGCUCUCGUCCUUGGUCGUGACGGCAGCCCUGCCUCGUGUUGCCAGCGUCUCAAUGCCCUUGAGGCUGCAUGCUUCGUGGAUUCAUAUCGUGUCCUGGGCAUGCAUGACACUGCCUAUGCAACACUGCUUCGCAGCCUUCGUCAGGAUCCCUGCCUGGUGGCCGUUUGCCUUGUGCGUGGCCCUACAAGUCAACUCCAGGCGGCCGUAGACAUUUUAGUGUCAUGUGUGUAUGGCUGCGGGACCCUCUCUGAAGAUCAGACACUCAUGCUACAAUUGUUGCGUGAGCUGAUGGUGUUGCAGCUGGAAGGUUGCGACAAUGUGCGGCGCCUUCUGCAACAUGGCUCAUGCGCCUUCAGUCGUGUCUACAAAGCCUUCACUGAGGGUCUUUCUGGUGCACAGCUGUUCCUGACUUCAGCCCUGCGCACAGCACUGAUACAGGUGCUAGUGGACGAUGACCUGUACUUGGACAUUGAUCCAAGCAAAGCUGUGGUGCGGUUUCCACCUGAAGAAAGGCUUCGUCAUUUUGGUGCCAAGGAUUCUCCUGACUAUGCACGCCGUCUAGGGGAUUACAGAGCUUGGACAAUUGAUCGGCUGGUACGGCUUGCUCAGGGCUUUGUGGAAGGCCUGCGCAGCUCAUGGCCCUGGCUUCCAGCACCGUUGGCAUGGCUUGUGCGCCGUCUGCAUGCCACACUUACUCGUAAUGGAGCUAGUGAGGAUCCUCGCGCAGGAGUGGUUUGCGCAGACCUUGUCUUUGCCUUUUUCAUCUGCCCUGCUGUGGUCAGUCCUGAGCUGCACGGCCUUGUCGACACGCAUAUAACGCCUAUUGCACGCUUCAACCUCAUGCAGGUAGCUCAGAUCAUCCAAGUACUGGCACUAGCAAGCUGGGAACGUCCAGAUCCACGUUUGUCAGACCUCUAUGAUCGUUUUCCAAGAGACUGCAUCUCAUCAUUGUUGGACUCUCUGCUUUUGGGAGAUGGGGUUGCUGGAAGCCAGAGCUCCCAGGCGGCCGCAUCUGUGCCUACCACCACAUCUCUUCAGCAGGAGGAACUGGCACGUGCUGCAUUCCUAGCUUCAGAGGUGCAAUUAGCCACACUGGUGUCAUUUUUACGAAGUAUAACGUGGCCCACGAGCGAGAGCAGUCAGCAGAAAGCACUCGGCUCUCUACUUGAUCAGCUGCCAUUGCCCUCAGAAGCACUCAGACAGACAGCAACAAAGGCUUCAGCACCGAAAAAGGGUACAGAUGGUGAAGAUGAUUCAGUGGCCUCCGACUCCCUGCCUGAAGAGGUCCUUGUGAUACCGAUGCCAGACUUCACACUGGAGUGUCCUGGCAUGCUUAGUGAAGAAAAGGUCCUGAGCAUGGAACAGCAGAAACGGCAGACACGUGUACGGAUGAAUGUUGAACGCGCAGUAGCUGAUGCUUGUGAUGGUGCUGCUGUCGAGACAAUUGAGAAGAGGACCAGGUUUUCUCUUUCCCAAGACCAAGAGUCUAUAGGUACAAGCGACAAUCUUGAAGCGGUCUCGGAAGGGGCAUCUAAUCACUCUGUGGCAUCAUCUCUUGAAUUGGAAAAUGAAAAUGACAACUACUCUGACAUGGUUUCUGCGAAUGUCAGUGGGCAUGGAACUCCAAAUGUCAGUGGCAGGGACACGCCUUCAUCUCAGGUAGAAGAAGAAGAGCCAAUGGAGCGACCUCCAACGAACCAAAACCAAGCUGACAUUGAGGACAAGUUUGGCAAAUUUGAAAUCAGCCCAGCCGCUCCAGUUCAAGGGGACGAGACAAAGUCGAUUGUAAGCGACACGUGGAGCACAGAUGUUCUGGCGAGUGAUUCAGAGAUGCUGGACCAAGUGAACCUGGUAGCACAAAUGCAGCUCCUGGAGACACACUUUCAGUCAACCCUUGAGCCUGGUGGGGACACAGGUAGUGAUGCCUGGAGCACUGAUGUGGCUGCCUCUGACAAUGAGCGCCUUCAGGAUGUUGACACUGAUGACACUGGCAGUCUCGCCCGUUCCGAUGAUACCAGGUCUGAAAUAUCUGCUGGUGGAGAUGAAGAAAUUGCACCACCGCCUGUCACUGAUCGCCAGGCGCUGCGCCACAGCCAUCAUCAUCAUCAUCAUCACCGGCACCAUCGUCGCAGUAAUCUGAGACCGCUACCGCAGUCCCCCAAGCAGCCUCUGAUCCCGCAGCAACAUGGAGUGUCUGCAGCAACCUGCAGUGAUGGCUCCAUAGUGAUGGUGCAGACAUCUACAUCACCUCGGGCACCAGUGCCACCUGUGGACUCAAUCCUGGAACCUCCACGGGCUUCUGCACCACAAGAGCAAGCAUCACCAAUUUUGGACGGUACCUUCUCCCCGACACAAGGCAACUCUUCGACAAGCACUGGGCUUGCCCCCUGUGAACUGAGCUUCUUUGACCCUCUGGCUGUGCAAGUGGAGCUACGGCAUCCCGAAAAACUUCAGGCACAGGACGCUGCAGCUGCUCUGGGUGCUGCUGAUGGAGCUGAAGAAGAUGUGACACCAACUGGCACACAGGCCACACCUUCACCAUCGGGGGGUGUAGCUGUGGGAGAGACCACUCCUCGUACCACUGUCUCCAAAGGAGGUGGAGCAUCUCCAACUCCGCCUUCUGAAGGUAUGCAGAGCCUGGGUCGACUUAGCCUGGCCGUUAAGGAAUUGCCCGAGGAAGAGGCUCUACUGUUGCUCCAGAGUGAGGAAGAAGUUGUCAAGGUUGCCACGGAAGAUGAACGAGGUGCGGGUGACAAAAGAACGAAAAAUUUCUUCAAGGCAAAGCUAUCCCAGUUCAGAUUUAGCUUCAAGCCAAAGCAACGAAAGUCAAACGAAGUUACGCAGAAUGGUCCAGACACACCACGCUCUGUUGUUGUUCCCGACUUGGGUCCAGAUGCAGCUGACAUUCUGGAAAAGUAUCGAGGUGCAGGCCCUGUAGGGGCAAUUGGGGGCACCAUAGGAGCAGCAGGCAGCAAUGGAGCAUCCCCCAGCACACCCUUGGAGCCCCUGCAGCCACAGCCACUACCAUCAUCACAGGGAGGAAGCGAGGAGGCCUUGCUGGAGGAUGCUCAGAAGAAGCUGCGCCUAGUGCUGGCCCUAGCUGAUCUUCCACAAGGCGGCCCACAGGAGCCUGCGGCACUGCUGCAGGGCCUGCUGGCCCAGGCCACACUGCUGCACAACAAGACGCUGGCCUCACAUGUGCACGAGGCUCUUCGCUGCUUGCGCCUCUUGGAUGAGUUGCAGUGUUUGCGUGUACUCAGGGCUCUCGAAGAUGAGCACCGGCGGCGAGCUCCAUACAUAGCGUACCUGGUGCGCUGCCGCCAGGGGUUGCUGGCACUGCAGGCGCAGCUGGAAACACGCUUGCGUCGCACUCAACGUGACCGUGAUGUCUGCCAGACACACCUUGCCACACUGUGUGUUCGGCACUUUCUUGAUCCCCGGGAGCCACGCCUCCAAGCCUUUUCACGCUCUUUCCAAGGACUCACUGCUGCUGAUGAAAAGGCCCAAUUGGUGGAGCAGUUCUUGCAAUAUCUGUUUCAACAAAUGGAAGUAGACCCAACAUGGCAAAUGGCCAGUGACAUCCAGAUAAACCUUGCUCAGCACACAAUCGAAAGAGCUAUCAUGAGUCAAAUAUAUGUUCAUGCCUUGUACCCCAAUGGAGAUGGAGAUGUCCUCAGAGAUCAGGUGUUGCACCAACACAUACAGAAGCUGUCACGAGUUGUCACCGUGGAGCAUCGAGAUCUACGCAUCCCACGGGCCUAUCAUGCUGAGAGCCCCUGGCCCAGUGCUCAGGCUCAGCUAGGGGCCCUGGCAGCCCACAAAAGUCCACAAGACAAAGUAGCCUGUGUGGCUGCUUGCUGUGCCUCACUUGCCAGUCUGCUGUCAGCUGCUGCAGGUGCCCCAGCAGCAGCUGAUGAUCUUGUGCCCGUGCUUGUCUUCGUGCUCAUUCGUGCAAACCCACCCCACCUGCUCUCUACCGUCCAGUUUGUGGAGACCUUUCAGCGUGCCACUCGGUGCUGCCAGGGCGAGGCUGCGUACUGGUGGACCCAGUUUUGUGCUGCUAUUGAGUUCAUCAAGACAAUGGACUACUGAAGCUUGCACUGCUGCAUUGAACUUUCUUAGUGCACCUAAUUUGGUGACUUAAGACAGAGGAGAAAAAAAAAAUGCCAGGCCCAGCUGCGCCCCAAAACUCCUUUUUGUUUUCUUUAAUUAUAGUAAAGGAGAGAUGGCUUGGGGCAUGCACUCUGAGCUUUUCACUGGCAAGACGAUUUAUAGAGUACAGAGCUCAAGAAUAACUUUGAUAUGCUGUCAUCUGUAGUGGCAGUUAGCAGUCUGGUGUGUCAACAGUUUUGUGCAUAAACAUGUGACUGCCUUUGUUUGAAAGAGAAAGUGAUAAGACCAGUGAGUAAAAGGGGCAUUUUCCCAGCAGGUACAAGAUUUUAUGGCUACAGCUUUUUCAAGUUUGUAGUUGUGUGUAAAGAGCUGUGAAAGUGUCUUACUUUUGAAACUUAGUCCAAGUAGCUCAAAUGAGAUUACCUGACAAGAAAAUGAAAGGUCUACAACUAAAGUUGCACUUUUACCAUAAGAUCAGCUAGGUUGGUUUGCUUGUGUGUCUCUGUAGAGUGUCAAGGAACAUUUAAUGAAGUUGGCUUUGGUUGAUGAAUCACAUUUUAGCACAUUUAUGUGAUGCAACAGUUUUAACAUAUUCAAAGGUAACUCACAGAGAACUGCUUAAGCUAAAUUUAGUCAUGAUAUAGAUGAGGCAGAUAUUCAUUCUUAGAGAGUAGGGUGUUAAUAAAAGGGUCCAGUGUAUUGUUAUUGGUGACGGACAUAGUUUACUAGAGUUCAGGAAUGGUCUGAUACCUCCUUGCAAUUAUGUGCAAUUUGACACCAAAGAUUAACAUAAUUACAUAAGUGAUAUGAGUUGCUGACGCAAUAGGACAUUAUCCUGAAUCAGACCACACGUCAGCUCAAGAGCUGUGUACAAUUGACGGAGACGUAAUGCAGGCGUGGCACUGUAGUGGAAUUGCAAGGCACACCAACGCAGGUAGUAGCUGUGAAAAUAAGGUUGUAGUGACAAAUACGGGUGCCAGCAGAAGACGAAGAAGACGGGUGUGGUCGUUGGUGCUCGCACUCGCUCCGCUUGGUCGUUGCCUGUUUCUGUGCAUUUAUAAAAACGCCGAGCACAUGUAACCUUGAAUGCGUGCUAUCAAUUGGUGGAGGUGCUGGGUAGCAUUGCUGGUGACUGUCGGCGUGCAACGUCAACAUAGAUCAGAGGAGCGGAAACAGGCGGAUGCUGGUAGGUGGUUGGUAGCGCCUCAGAAAUUUGCUCCUCUAUGGCCUGUCGUAGCGUCUGAGCAAGUGCCUGCGUGGAGUCCGGGAUGCAGGGAACAAGGGACAAUUGUCGUGCCACUUCUUGGACAAACUGCUGUAUCUGCCGCAUUAACAUUGUGGUGCCAGUAGAAACGGCGCCUACAGUUAACGCUAACAUGUUGGCCGUGUCAGAGCUUAGGAGGCAUGUAGAAAUGCGCUGUUUCCGCAACUCGUCGUAGUUCUGACAGUACUGGACCACGUCUGUGACAGUUUAAGGAUUUUUGGCAAUGAGCAUUUGGAAGGCGUCAUCCUCGAUCCCCUUCAUGAUGUGUCUGAUUUAAUCAGCUUCAGACAUAGCAAGGGUAGAUCGAUGCGCUCGGCGUUUUUAUGAAUGCACAGAUACAGGCAACGGCCAUGCGGAGCGAGUGCGAGCAUCAACAAUCACACCGGUCUUCUUCUUCGUCUUCUACUGGCGCCCGUAUUUAUCGUAUUUGUUGGAUUGGUGCCCCGCUAAGUGGAAAGGGCUAGCUUAUGGCUUUCCUUAGCGAGUAGGCCACUUUGGCACAGAAUAAUUUGUGCCAUCUCAGUGCUACUAGGUUUGACCAUGCUACUAGGUUUGACCACAUGUUAUGCACCUUAGUGGUGUGGGUUGUGGGCUUCCAAAUGGUAAAAAAGGGCUGCAAGUCGCUGGAUGUUCACAUUUACACAUCUGGAUGAGUCACAGCAAAAAUAUCAUAUUGUAUUGCACCAAAUGACAGUUUCGACUUCAUACUUACACUGAUUGUACUGACUUAUCCCACUCUCGUGUGUUCACGCAGAAAAUUGUCAUGAUGAGAACUCUACCUCUUGGGCUAGGUUGUGGUGUCAUGGCGCCUGGGAUGAUAACAGAUUAGUUUGAGUGGCAGAGGUUGCAAUGUAUGCUUGCUCAGCAUGUGAAGUGCAAGAAGGAGUGACCAUGAUUCUAGUGACACAAGUUUACAUCAUAGCAAAUUAUAAGCAGAUUGUGUUAUUUGACAUUUUGUGUUUGCCUCAAAACAGGGCUUGGAGCACAUGAGCAGAGAGUAUUCUUUUAUGGUGUGAAUUUUGCAUAUUGCAUGUGAUAUAAAUUGUCAUAUGUUUAGAAACUAGGAUGCUUAUAACUUGAAAGCAAGCUUAUGUGCUUAUUUUAAGUAAGCAAACAUGGAACAAUGCAGCUUUCAUAGUAUUUAACACUCUGCAGGAAUGGUUAAAUGCCAGGAUGCAAUGCCUCUUUACUUGUCUCUGGCAGCAAUAAGUGAGUGAUGUGUUGUUAUUCCUCUUCAUGUGGCUAACGCCUUGGCUGCUAAAAUUUGAGUAAGUUGUGUAUAGCCGAUCAAGCCAUCUGAAUUGUUGAAGCACCCAGCUUGAUCUACUGGCAGUAGUAUUUUCCAUUGAUGAAAAAGCUGGUGGCACAAGAAUGGGGUGUGUAUUUCAAGCUAUGCACCAACCACAUUGUCACUUUUGUCAGUUGGGCAGUUAUGUGCGUCUUGGUGUUCAUAGCACAUUAAAAUGAGCAAAGCUAGCAAUCCCCUUUGGUGUUGUCACAUUCAUGCUCGAAGCACUCGAUACAUUUCCCUCGUGGCUGCUGUCAGCUAUCGAUAUUCGAUUGGUGUUACAGGUGAUUUGAGCCGCGUGCUUGUUCACUAGUGAAUAGCUUGCAGGCUUUACACCAUACAACAUACACCAUAUGACACAUAUAUUUUUAUACUGAAUCUUUGUUAACCCUUUAACUGGUCACUCAACAGUAUUGUCAACCUAAUAAAAGCAUCUGUAAAAACUAGACAAAUCCAAAUAUUAGUAUGUGCCUUCCAAUUUACCUUUAUUUAUGUACCUGCUCAACAGUGGUAUUCACUAAAAUGUUGAGCGUGAGCAGCAGCAGAUGUAUUGGUCCCAAAACCUGAAGGCUUCGUCGUUAUCUUAGCGCACGUGGGGGGUCAUAUUCUUGCCCAUGCGACAUUUUUGUUCCUGUUUUAAGCAAGCUUUUAUUUCUUAACUCCAUAAAGGAAAGAACACACAUUGACCUUGCCAUAGCAAGUGCCAGAGACCAGUUUUGGACCAUACAUUUACCUCUCACCACCUGGUCAACAAUAAUUUUGACCUACUGUAUCUUGCUUAGUUUUUAGAGAAACUGUUUAAUAUUUCAAUUGGUAUGUAUUUGAGCAAAGAAAAGAAUAACUAAAGCAACAAAACUAUUCUAGGUCAAGUCUUUCUUAUCUUGCCAAUUAAAGGGUUAAUAGUGUGUCUGUGUUAUCAACAUGCUAGCUUGUGUAACUUUUUUUCAGGCAUGAGAUGCUUACAGAGCUUUAUUGGUUACUACAGCCCAUGCAUGGCCUGCAAUGUAUUCUUACGUGCACUGUUCUUUGACCAUGUCUGCAACUUCUGCCAGGUAACUCUAAGCAUCGGGCUGCUUGCCUAGGCAGAUAGAAAAUUGAUUUUUUAAAGCUCCCGCCAUCUCUAAACUUAUGUUCAGGAUAGAACUGCCUUGCAGCAUAAGACUUGCACACUACAGAGAAGUAACACAAGUUUGGCAAGUUAUUAAAUAUAACAGGGUAGGAAUCGUAAUUUUAAGUAUAGGGGUGCUUAUCUACCGCUGAAAAACACCCAAGUAGAGCUCUUACUGUGUGGUCAUUAUACUGGAGAGUCUGGAAUUGUGUCAGAAAAGCAAAAAAAGUGCAUCCUGCAAGAUCUAGAAACGAAAUAGAUAAUGAAGAUUUAUUUGAGCGUGUGCAGUGAGAUACCUAAUCAGAUUUUAGACUGGAAGUGCUAUGUUCGAGAGCACAUCUUUUCAGUCCCAUAAGAAAAGAACAUCUAAAGUCAAUACACACGCAUUAAAUCAAGCACAAAACUGAGGCUGCAUUACCUACAACCGGUCAUCGCCUGCAUUAGCCCCCGAUGGUCCUCAUCCGCCCUUGCAUGGCAUGCAACCCCUGAACCAAUCAAAUGCAGGCGCAGCGCAAUGCGACGGAACAGCUGAGACAAGCAGUAUCACUGCAGCUUCGGAUGCUUGCUGCAGAAGAUGGUGAAAACGAAGCACCUUAUUGACAAAAAUAAUUUUUCUGCACAAAGAUGCCACAAAUGGUUAUUAUUCAGGCAGCAGUAGCUGGCAUUUAUCAAUGAAUCCGCAAUUAUAGGCCGAUUCAGGAUAGCCUGUCAUUGUGUUGCAACACUUGGUUGGUUCAGGCAACCAUUGCCUGGUGAAAGAAGCUGAUUAGCCAGUGAAAUUCAAUGUGCCCAUUGGGGUGGUUUUAUUUAUUUAUUUAUUUUUAUAAAAAUGAGGCUCAGAAGGUGACAUGAGAAUGCAUGGGCCUGCAUUAAAAACUUUGCCCAACCAAUGCUGCCGCAUGCGAUUUGCAGGCAAAAACGUAUACCGCAGGCCACUUGUUAUGUAAUCUAUAAAGAGAGCUAUGCAAGCGUCAGUAGUUGUGCAAUGCAGUGAGGAAUGCCAGGAACAUCAUUUGUUUGAGUAUAAGCACUUUAUAAGUCGAUGCAUGGAUCUUAUUGCAUGCACUGAUACCUGUCACGUAAAAUACAUUAGUUUAGUGUCACAGUCUCUUGUUUAUCAAACAUUAAGCUCCUUGGCUGACAAACACUAUACAAUGUCGCAAGGGCAUUUCAAAGGCCCUUGAACCUUUCUUUUGACUCAGUGGCGAACUAAGUGCUGCUACAGAGCUUCAAUGGCCAUCAAGUGAAUAGUCUAAGGAGUAGACAGAUUUGCAUGGAGCUCUGUUAAAACCUUGGAGGCAUUGAAGCAGCACGCUCCUAUAUGCUCGUCUUAAGCACGUUGACACUGCAAGUCCUUUCAAUUUGUCUGUACUUCCUGACAGUGGCGCACCGACAGGGGGGUUUCGAGUGUUUUAACCCCCCCCCCCCCCCCACCCACGCGUCCAGCCCCACCAGUCCAACGUGUACCUUCCUUUAGUGCUCUGUUCACAUAGUCAUCACAAUUCAGGAGGUGGCUUGAGGUCGAAUUUUCCUGGUUAACAAAAACACUAUCACUGUCUUUUAUUUAUUCAUUCACUCCUAAACUACUGUGAGUAAAACACUGAAGAAAUAAACACAUUCAUCUUCCUUGGUGUCAUUAUUAUAAUAAUUAUUAGGCAUUUUCUUUGCUGUAGGAUUCCUCUUGCUAAAGCAAGUAAAUUGCAUAUUAUGCAAAGUGCUUGCUCCCCCCCCCCACCCCUGGCAGAGAUCCUGGGUGCGCUACUGCUUCCUGAACUAGUUCAGGAGCUGCACUUGUUCAUUUCACCUGGUGAAUUCUUUGUGCAAAACAAGUGCAUUCCCUGCACUUGUGGGAAAGGUAGUGCAGCGCUCGUGCAGGAGUUGUCAGGCCAGUUCUGUGUUAACACGAAACAUGCACUGAACAGCCAUGAACUGGUCCACGAAGUGCAGGGCGAAUCUAAUGGACCUUACAGUAACAUGCUGUAAACGAAGCAUUUGGGGAAAAUAAUAACAAAUAUCUUAUCUAAUUUGUUUUCUUGCAUGAGGAGAGACAGAGAGAGAGACUUUAAUGAUACAAAACUGCACAGGCGCGCUCACCGCUGGGAUGCCUCGGUCAUGUGUGGAGCCAUUAGUCCAGGACCUAGAGUGUGUGGCAUUCACACUAUUACGCAAAUACUGCAGCCAUGAUCACUGUCGCCAUUGCCCACUAGCAAAACGAAGCCUAAACCAUGGAAACUUCACAAGUGAAUAAAAGAAGCAUAAAAAAAUGAACAAAAAUUUGGUAGUACUCUGAAUAUUUUCUUUAAAUCCACUGCACAGAAAUAACAUGCACUUUAAACUUCUUAGAUUCAUUUUCGCAGCUGUUUGCUUUCAGAGAUGCAAAACCAUUGCGGGCAAUUAACGUGCCGCAAGCAUUUGGUAUCUGGUUAUUUAAACACUUAAGUGGCAUUUAGGUCUCCCAUGUAGUGGUAGCACAAAUCCUUCCAGUUGAUAGUGUUUAGGGAUUUUGGAGGCCAUUAACUCACCAUAAUGUGCCCAUGUGGUGCAGGUAUGUUCCAAGGUCUCCCAAAAAUGAUGCAAGACAUUACGUGCAUAAUUAUCCUGUGAACCUCUAUUGAAACAUUGGAGUGCAGGUAAAGAAAGAAAAGAUUUCAAUCAAAGUAUCUUUUACUCCAUCGUUCAUUCAGUACCAGUCUUCAUUUGAAUAAUUCAUUGGAUUCUGUAAGUCAACUGCCUUGCAAGGCUUCAUUCCUACGGACUAAUGAGGACAUGCCUGAAGCAAUGGGCAUUGGGGAUUUGGAGGCACGCAUGAGUACAAAGGCACUGGUUAAUGCUUUAAACUGAGAAUUGUUUUUCAUCUUUCGUUUUUUUGUUAACUUGGGGAAUUUGUCAUAAGGCAUAUGGUAGUAAAAAAAAUUUGUCCUGCUCUGCCAAACCUGUCCUUCACCUUCCUUCCUCUUCAUAAAGUGGUUAAAAAAAGACCAGGACUGUUCAUAGCCUGACCUGUAAAAAGUCAAAAUCCACUUACGGAGUCCAAAUAAAUAGCAUUUCUCCUUUCAUUUUUGAAAAGAUACCAGGCCAGGUUGGUGGACAAGAGUAGAGAUUUCUUGGCUAGAAGGCAGCUGAUUUCGAAAUUUUUUCCAAUUUUUUUUAUACAUUUAUCUAAACUAUUUAAUAAUAACUGUGCAUUUUAUGUUGUGUAAAAUUCACCCAGCAGCCUAGAAAUGGUUGAGAGAAACAAUUGCUUGUUCGAUCUUCUAAAAGCAGCCUUGGGUGGCAUGUUUUGCAACAUAGGUAAUGGUCAGUGCACAUGUCGGUGGGACAAUCACCUGCUGAAAGAGCACUAAAGGGACACUAAAGAGCAAAGUUAGUUUAGUCUGGGGAAGUACUUAUAUACUUGAUUUGUAUAUAUUUGGAGGAAAGGAGGUUGGUUUUCAGUACAUGAAAUGAAGAGUAAAGUUUCCAUUUGGGUUUUCCACCCAAACUGCUACGCCAGUACAUUAGUAUGACACCACAAACUUGAAAGUAUUUUCACAUGUUCGGGUCGUUUUUGUUAACAGUUUCUCAAAACUUAAUUCAUUUUUUAUUCCUUUAUUAUGCAAUGUAAU